GCAGGUGGUUCCCGGUCAUGUGAUGUUGUUAGCCGAGGCUGAGGAGCAGCAUCAUCUGAGGGGAAUCACAGCCAGUAUCUCUCCCUGCGUUGAAAGGCACCUGCAACGGACACGUCAGCAACCAUGUCAUACGGGUCUAUUGACGGAGGCUCCUUUGGUAGUCACAACCCAUUUGGAGGACCCGCUAGGCAGGGCUAUCAGCUAGUAGCCACACAGGUCAGCCCUGCAGAACUGCAAGAUGUGUUUCAGGAGACCUCCUCCAAUAUCUUCCAGAUAAACGCCAACGUUGUCACAUUAGAGAAGAAUCUUCAAGCCCUGGGAACAUCGAGAGAUACAGCAGAGCUACGACAGAGCUUACACUCCACGCAGCAGCAGACCAACAAAGUCAUCACCAGCACAAGCCAACUCAUCAAACAGCUCUCAGAUAUAAUCAGUGGCUCUUCACGGCAAGACCGUGUGCGCCUGACACGACUAAAAACUGAACUCUCCGAGUCUGUGCAGAGCUAUGGGGAUCUGCAGAAGAAAAUUGCAGAACGCUCGAGGACCUUGCUCCCUCCAACACAGAAAGACAAGCAGAAGACCCCAUCCAGUGAUCUGAUGGGAGAGGGUCCAGUGUUUGGAGAAGCAGCAGGCUCAGAGGGAGGAGCUCUGGCCUUUUUGUCGGAGAUCAGUGAGGAGGAUGUGGAGGUGCUUCACCAAAGAGAGGAGGCCGUGCUUCAGAUUGAGAGAGACAUGCUGGACGUCAGUCAAAUCAUGAAAGAUCUGGCCAGUAUGGUCCAUGAACAAGGAGACGCCAUAGACAGCAUUGAAGACUACAUCCAGACUGGGUCGUCCAAUGUGGAAUCAGCCAAUCAGGAACUUGCGAAGGCAAACCAUUACCAGAGGCAGCUGAGGAAGAGGAAGUGCUACCUCCUGGUGGCUGGAGCGAUUAUCCUCACCGUCCUUGUCAUAAUCAUAGCUGUUUCAGCAAGGAAAUAAGACUGGCCACUUUGGUAGCGGCUUUCAUUACAGUCUCACCUCAGUGCUCCUGCCCAGCCUGAUCCCUCACCUGAGCAGCUGGUUUCCAGUAAGAGGGGGCUGCCCUGCAACAAAAUCUCUCCUCCAUCAAAUCUGGCUCUGUCCACAUGUGCUUCUGUCUGGGGAUGGAUGGCUUUCUGAGUGUAUCAAUUUGUCAAUGGGUAGCCCCAGUCUGAGACUCACAUGUAAUCAUUCAUAUUUUUUAUGCGAUCUCUGUGACUGGAUGUUAUCAUCAAUGCUGAAGUCACAAAUUUAGUCAUUACUGUAGGGGCACAGGCUCCGGUGCUUCCUGUCUUGGAUGUGAUGGGUGACGGUUGUAUAUGACACACAGGGAGCUCCUAACUAUGCCGUUUCAUCAGAAAACCAGAUGAAGAUGGAGCAGAAGCUUCAGGGUGAGACGCAGCAGCUUGGGGGCGUUACAGUCUGCACUGCUGUACUGUAUGCUCUAUUUCCUUCAUGCAUUUUUAAUGACAUGAACUACAUUUAUUAGUGUGUAAUGUAAUUUAUUUAGCAUUAUGUUGUCCAAUUUCUUGAUAGUUGUAAAUAUUAUUUGACCAAAUAUAUCCACCAAAAUAAAAGUCUAUGUUGAAGAGAAAUCUGAAGUUCUGGCUGUGUUUGUGAUUGAUCUAUUGAGUAGAAAAUUUUAUGAGACUUACCAUUUCAACAUGUGUUGAUUAAUAUCAGCUAUCGUAAGACUCCUCUGUUGAAAAUGACCCCAUCGGUCAGUGCCAGCCUAUUCCAGUUUCCAUCUGUAGUUGGGUUAUUUUAUUAUUAAGAGACAUCAUGUAGACAUUUGAUGCAGUAUCAGUCAUGUGACAAGUGACAACGAGCUCUAGCAGCCAUAGCAAUUAUGACAAGUUUAAAGUCAGGUGACCACAUUUCCAUUCACUUGUUCUCGAGUGCUUAGGUUGAUUCAUGCUGACAAUUAUUGUGCCAUCCAUCGUACUGUGACUAACUGGAUGGUGCACCUAUAAUGGUCAAAC